GAUAUUAGUACCCAAAUUUCAGUUCUUCCCUUUUCGUGAACUUCACAGCCGUCACCGUUGGUUCGUAUUUGUUGUUCACCAUUUGGAGUUGUGUAAUUGGUUCCAACUCUGAAGGAGAUGAUGGAAAGCGAGCAAAUCUUCGAGGUCGACCUCGGUAACCUAAUGGCCUUUGAUUCUCAUCAACCAUUUCCUUCUCAACAAUUCAGGUUCGUCCCUCCUUCUUCUUCUUCUUCUUGUAGCUCUUAUUUUGAUUUUAGAUUUUCAUGUGAUGUUUUUAAUUCAUUUUUUAGGGUUGAACUGGUGAACGAGUGUUUACAGAAAGGUACUGAGUUAGUUCAAGCCAUUGCUGAUUCUCUCUUUACUUUGCCCUCAACUCAAGAUAUUGAUGGACCCCUCGUUAAAUUGCCUCCACCAACUUCCAGAUUACCCAGAGAAAAUCAUUUCCCCAGGCCUAUGCCUCCUACUAAAUGGGAAGCUUUUGCUCAAAAGAAAGGCAUUAAGAAUCGGAAGAAGGACAAAGUUGUAUUUGAUGAGCAGUCUGGAACUUGGAAACGCAGACAUGGCUAUGACCGUGCCAAUGAUGAAGAAGCUAUACCUAUUAUUGAAGCUAAACCUACUGAUGAUCCAGAUGAGGAUCCUUUUGCCAAAAGAAGAGAAAACAAAAAGGGAAGAGUUGAUAAACAAGAGAAAAAUCGGCUACAAAACUUGAAGAAUGCUGCAAAGUUUGGGGCUUUACCCAGCCAUGUUCAGUUGGCUGCUACAUCUUUGCCCAUAACAGGAACCCAGGAAGCACCAAAGAAAGCUACCAAGGAUGAAUUGGGCAAUGUAGCAGGAAUUGCAGCAACUGCCACAGCUAGCGGUGGGAAAUUUGACAAGAAAUUGGCAGGAGAAAAGCCUGCACAACAUAAAGGAAAAUACCGAAAGUUCUUGCCGGUGGCAGAAGGAACAGGGAUCGGAUCACUUGAAAGGGAACAAACUGAAAAAAUAUUGAACAAGAUCAUGUCCAAGAAUAACCACGAUAUACUCAACGUUAACAAGGCUGUCACAGUGCACAAUGUGAAGAAAGAGAAAAACAGGAAGAGUGAUAAAUCCAAGGCUUCAUCAAGCAACAAAUUGAAACCUCAGAAGAAGUCUUUUAAAAAGGGAAAUGCAAAGAAAGGCAACCCAAAAGCACAGUAAUUUAGAUUUUAUUGAAGCUUGUAGUUUCUUGGGAACACUUUAUAGUGGUUUAGGGUUUUGUAGACGAAUAUUUCACAUAUCUAUUGCUAACCAUUUUUGCAUGUUGUUUAA